AUGGAAACAAAUAAGGAAGAGUCAAUUUUGCAUGAGCCCCUUCUCCGGCGGCGAGAGGCAUUCUGCAGCCGGGAGGGAGCCGCCGCUCGCGUCGGCAGCCGCUGGCAGGGGGAUGGUGAGGCGGAAGCUAAGUGGGAUUUCUGAGGAGGGGCUGCUCUGAUUUCAUCUUGGCCCACCAUGAGGUUCUUCCUGCUUAGUGCCUACAUGCUGCUUCUGAUGAUUUCCCAGCUGAGAGCAGUCAGCUUUCCUGAAGACGAUGAACCCCUUAAUACUGUUGACUAUCACUAUUCAAGGCAAUAUCCGGUUUUUAGAGGACGCCCUUCAGGCAAUGAAUCACAGCAUAGGCUGGACUUUCAGCUGAUGUUGAAAAUUCGAGACACACUUUAUAUUGCUGGCAGGGAUCAAGUUUAUACAGUAAACUUAAAUGAAAUCCCCAAAACAGAAGUAAUACCAAACAAGAAACUGACAUGGCGGUCAAGACAACAGGAUCGAGAAAACUGUGCUAUGAAAGGCAAGCAUAAAGAUGAAUGCCACAACUUUAUUAAAGUAUUUGUUCCGAGAAACGAUGAGAUGGUUUUUGUUUGUGGCACCAAUGCUUUUAAUCCCAUGUGUAGAUACUACAGGUUGAAUACCUUAGAGUAUGAUGGGGAAGAAAUUAGUGGCUUGGCAAGGUGCCCAUUUGAUGCCAGACAAACCAAUGUUGCCCUUUUUGCUGAUGGGAAGCUGUAUUCUGCCACAGUGGCUGACUUCUUGGCCAGUGAUGCCGUUAUUUAUCGAAGCAUGGGCGAUGGAUCUGCCCUUCGUACAAUAAAAUAUGAUUCCAAGUGGAUCAAAGAGCCACACUUUCUUCAUGCCAUAGAAUAUGGAAACUAUGUCUAUUUCUUCUUUCGAGAAAUUGCUGUAGAACAUAAUAAUUUAGGCAAGGCUGUAUAUUCCCGUGUGGCCCGCAUAUGUAAAAACGACAUGGGUGGCUCCCAGCGGGUCCUGGAGAAACACUGGACUUCAUUUCUGAAGGCUCGUCUUAACUGUUCUGUCCCCGGAGAUUCCUUUUUCUACUUUGAUGUUCUGCAGUCUGUCACAGACAUAAUACAAAUCAAUGGCGUCCCCACUGUGGUCGGGGUGUUUACCACACAGCUCAACAGCAUUCCUGGUUCUGCAGUCUGUGCAUUUAGCAUGGAUGACAUUGAAAAAGUAUUCAGAGGACGGUUUAAAGAACAGAAAACUCCAGAUUCUGUUUGGACAGCAGUCCCUGAAGACAAAGUACCGAAGCCAAGGCCUGGCUGUUGUGCGAAGCAUGGGCUUGCCGAAGCUUAUAAAACCUCCAUCGAUUUCCCGGAUGAAACCCUGUCGUUCAUUAAAUCCCACCCCCUGAUGGACUCUGCCGUCCCACCCAUUGCCGACGAGCCCUGGUUCACAAAGACUCGGAUCAGGUACAGACUGACGGCCAUUGCCGUUGACCAUUCUGCUGGACCCCACCAGAACUACACAGUCAUCUUUGUUGGCUCGGAAGCUGGCAUGGUACUUAAAGUUUUGGCAAAGACCAGUCCUUUCUCUUUGAAUGACAGCGUGUUACUGGAAGAGAUUGAAGCGUACAACCAUGCAAAGUGCAAUGCUGAGAAUGAGGAGGACAGAAGGGUCAUCUCGCUCCAGUUGGAUAAAGUUCAUCAUGCUUUAUAUGUGGCGUUCUCUAGCUGUGUUAUCCGCAUCCCCCUCAGUCGCUGUGAGCGUUAUGCAUCAUGUAAAAAGUCUUGUAUUGCAUCUCGAGACCCGUACUGUGGCUGGUUAAGCCCAGGGGCCUGUGGUCAAGUGACCCCAGGGAUGCUCGCUGGAGGAUUUGAACAGGACACGGAAUAUGGCAACACAGCCCAUCUAGGGGACUGCCAUGAAAUUUUGCCUACUUCAACUACACCAGAUUACAAAAUAUUUGGCGGUCCAACAUCUGACAUGGAGGUAUCUUCAUCUUCUGUUACCACAAUGGCAAGUAUCCCAGAAAUUACACCUAAAGUGAUUGAUACCUGGAGACCUAAACUGACCAGCUCCCGGAAAUUUGUAGUUCAAGAUGACCCAAACACUUCUGAUUUUACUGAUCCUUUAUCAGGUAUCCCAAAGGGUGUACGAUGGGAAGUCCAAUCUGGAGAGUCCAACCAGAUGGUCCACAUGAAUGUCCUCAUCACCUGUGUCUUUGCAGCUUUUGUUUUGGGUGCAUUCAUUGCAGGUGUGGCAGUAUACUGCUAUCGUGACAUGUUUGUUCGGAAAAACAGAAAGAUCCAUAAAGAUGCAGAAUCUGCCCAGUCGUGCACAGACUCCAGUGGAAGUUUUGCCAAGCUGAAUGGUCUCUUUGACAGCCCAGUCAAGGAAUAUCAACAGAAUAUAGAUUCUCCCAAAUUGUAUAGUAACCUGCUGACCAGUCGGAAAGAGCUGCCACCCAGUGGAGAUACGAAAUCCAUGGUCAUGGACCAUCGAGGCCAGCCUCCCGAGCUGGCUGCUCUCCCGACACCUGAGUCUACACCUGUGCUUCACCAGAAGACCCUGCAGGCCAUGAAGAGCCACUCAGACAAGGCCCACGGCCAUGGGGCUUCAAGGAAAGAAACCCCCCAGUUUUUUCCUUCUAGUCCUCCACCGCAUUCCCCGCUAAGUCAUGGACAUAUCCCCAGUGCAAUUGUCCUUCCUAAUGCUACCCAUGACUACAACACAUCUUUCUCAAACUCCAAUGCUCACAAAGCUGAAAAGAAACUUCAAAACAUUGACCACCCUCUUACAAAGUCAUCCAGUAAAAGAGAUCACCGGCGUUCUGUGGAUUCCAGAAACACCCUCAACGAUCUCCUAAAGCAUCUAAAUGACCCAAAUAGUAACCCCAAAGCCAUCAUGGGAGACAUCCAAAUGGCCCACCAGACCCUAAUGCUGGAUCCCAUGGGACCUAUGUCCGAGGUCCCGCCCAAGGUCCCUAACCGCGAGGCAUCACUCUACUCUCCCUCGACCCUCCCCAGAAAUAGCCCAACCAAGCGAGUGGACGUCCCCACCACUCCUGGCGUCCCAAUGACUUCUCUGGAAACACAAAGGGGUUAUCAUAAAAAUUCCUCCCAGAGGCACUCUAUAUCUGCUAUGCCUAAAAACUUAAGUUCACCAAAUGGUGUUUUGUUAUCUAGACAGCCUAGUAUGAACCGUGGAGGCUACAUGCCCACCCCCGCAGGGGCGAAGGUGGACUAUAUUCAGGGAACACCGGUGAGUGUUCAUCUGCAGCCUUCCCUCUCCAGACAGAGCAGCUACACCAGUAAUGGCACCCUUCCCAGGACGGGACUAAAGAGGACACCGUCCUUAAAACCUGACGUACCACCAAAGCCUUCAUUUGUCCCCCAAACCACAUCUGUCAGACCACUGAACAAAUACACUUACUAG